AUAUCCCGACACUUCAACAUAACGCUUCUUUAGUUGGGCUGUCGUUAACUUCCCAACGCUUCAUUAGGAGCUUAUGAAUAAAAGCUUUAUGUCGCGCAUAAAAUGAAGUUAUGGCUACAAAAACAAACUUACACGGGAGCUGAAGCAGAAACGAAGUCGCAUAGACAGAUGCUGUUCAUUGCCACCUGCUGCGGUGGGUGUGUGGUGAGAUUGCGUUGUGACGCGGCAGUGGACGUGUGGCGCCGCGAGGAAGACGCUAGUAUAAGAAGUGCGCCCGCGGCGGGGGGCGGUCCGUGGCUUCAGCUUCAGUCAGUGCAGCGCCGGCGCCGCGCGCACGUGCCGGGGACCAGCCGCCGCCGCCGCUCCCGCUGCCGCCACCAGGAGCUCAGGGACCGCUUGCUGGAGAGGCGUGCACUCAGUGCGUGGAGCGAGCGCUCGGCGUCCCCCCCGCGCUGCGAGUGCGAGCGGGACGGCAUCACGAGCCGCGAGUGCGAGCGGGACAGCAGCAUCAUGGCGCGCGCCGACGCCUCGCCCGGCCUGCUCACGCGCCGCUACUCCGUGCCCGAGACCAUCAUGCGGAGAUACAAGUUGGCCCAGCUGAACUCCGAGCCGGAGGAGGCGCCGGCGAUGACGUCACUGUCCCCCUCCCCUCGCACGCGGUCCCCCGCGCGCCCCCCGCCGCCCCCGCGCCGCGACCGCGAGCUGGUGCGCCGCUCCGCGCUGCUGCGGCGCCUGUGGGGCCGCCCCCCGCCCCCCGCCGCCCCCUGCGCCUGCCGCUCGCUCGACACCUCGCGCCUGCUGCUGCCCGCGCCCGACGACUACCUGUCCGACUGCACCUACCAGUCGCACGGCGCGCCCCCCGCGCCCGCGUCCCCCACCCCCGCGUCCCCCACCCCGCGCCUGUUGCUGCCCGCGGAGACAGACUCCCCGUACGAGAUGCUGGAGAUAGUGGUGUCGGAGACGUCGGCGCCGGAGCCCGCGCCCCCCUCGCCGCUCCCCACGCGCCCCCCCUGCCUCCCCGCGGCGCCCGCGCGGCUCGACCUCGACCGCUACGUGUCCAACCUGCUGGUGGAGAGCCUCAACUCGCUCUCGGACCAGCUCGACUCCAUGAGCGCCUCGCUGGGCGACGCCCGCAUCAGCAUCGUCGAGAAAGAGAUCAAGGUGAAGCUGCAGAACGCGGGCGUGAACACGGUGGUGCACCUGAGCCCCGGCUCCAACCACCAGAUCAUCCUCGGCAACGCGGAGCUGCUGCAGCGCGAGCCCGCGGGCGACGCCAACAACAACCCGCCCUCCGCCUCGCCCCCCGCGCCCCCCGCCGGCCGCGACCACAACCACAACGAACCGGAGCUGAACACCGCCGUGCUGCAGCAGAUCCAGCGUCUGUUCGCCGACGAAGCCUCGCGCGGGCCCGAGAGCGACGUGGACGAGUACCUGGCGGGGGCGGCGGCGGAGGACGCGGGGGGCGGGGCGGGGGGCGGCUCGCUCGACGUCAACACGUCCUGCUCGUCGGGCUCGCCCUGCGCCUCGCUGGUGGAUAGCCUGGACGAGCGCUCCCCGCGCCCCGCGCCGCCCCCCGCCCCCGACCCGCGCCCUGCGCGUCUGUCCCGCUCAGCCGUGGACAUACUGGCGCUGCUGCCCGACGCGCCUCCAGCGCCCCCCGCCCGCAGCCCCGAGACCCCCGCCGCUCCCGCCGCCUUCUUUGUUCGGUUGGAGGACGACGCAGCAGAGGCCGUGUCCCCGGCGGACCGCGCGCCCCCCGCGCGCCUCCCGGAGCGCAUCCGCCAGCGCCUGGCGCGCCGCCAGCGCCGCCGCGAGCAGCGCGGGGGGGCGUGGGGGGCGCGGGGCGAGGGCGCGCGGGACGAGGCGCGCGGGGCGAGGCGCCGGCUGGACCAGCAGUGCGCGGCGGAGCUGGCGGCGCUGGUGGACGAGAUGAUCGCGCGCGUGGCGCACGAGGAGUACAAGUACAUGCGCAUCCGCCCCCGCCCCGCGCCCCUCGCGUCCCCCGCCGCCCGCCGCUCGCUGGAGGACCUGGCGUCGUGCCGCGAGUCCCGCGGGGCCGCCGUCCGCGGCCGCAUGUCGCUGCGUCCCUCGCCCCCCGCCCCCGCGCCUCCGCGCCGCGUCUACCACAAGUCAGAGAUCCGCGAGGGCAGCCGCCGCGUCGAGAUCCUCGAGAUACUGGAGUACAUGGAGCCAAGUAGCAGCUCCAGCGAGUCCAGCCCGAGCGAGGAGCGCGGGGGCGCGGGGGGCGGGGGGCGCCGGCGCUCGCGCAUCCCCGUGCCGGUGCGUGGUGAGGCGCGCGUCAUGCCAAGCGCCCUGCUGCGCGCGCUGGCCUCGUCCCCGCCCCCCGCACCCCCCGCGACCCCGCCCCGCCGCCGCGCCUCCGUCCCCGCGCCCGAGCCACGCCCCACGUCGCUGCGCUUCCGCCAGGUGUUCGACAUGAUCCCGGAAGAGUCCCCGCCCGCCCCCGCGCCCGCCCCCGCGCGCCGCCACCAGCUCACCAUGACGUCGCCGCGCCGCCGCUCCGCCGCCACCUCGCCCGUGCUGUGGCCGCGGGAAGGGACGAAUGGAAGUUUGAAGAAUAAGUUUGCUGGUGACGAGCGGCUGCGCUCGGCGUCCACCCAGUGCGACCCCCCACCGUCCCCCGCGCCCCCCGAGCUGCCUCCGCCCCCGCCCCCCGCGCUGCCUCCGCCCGCACCCCCCGCGCCUCCGGCCGGCGGACGUGUGGCACAGAACGAGCGGCGUACCAAACAAUAUAAUCACCAAAAACCAGAAAACAUAAACAAUGAAAAGACAAGAAAUGAACGGAAACCUAUUAAAAAAGACCGUACAAAACAAAAAUUACAAACGCAGAUGUCAAAGGCCAGAAAUGAUUCCCGCGAGAGGAAUUUGACCCGUUCGCUGAGCGACCCGGCGGGGCUGUGGGCCCCCGCUCACCCAGCGCCCCCCGCGCCCCCCGCGCCGCCGCCGAGGUCGCGGUCCAGCUCGAGCGAGUCGGGCUCGUCGCUACUGUGCGCGCUGGCGCCGCGCUGGCUGGCCCCGGCCCGGCGCCGCCGCCGCGACCACCACGCCAGAGACACCGCCAUGCAGACACAAGAAGAGGCGGGUCCGGUGGUGGUAGCUACUGCCUCAGAAGGCCACGCGCCGGGCGUCGCGGGCGGGGGCGCGGGGGUCGCGGGGGGUGCGGGGGGCGGCUGGUCCGUGACGCUGUGCGGGGGCGCGCGCACGGCGCUGCCCCGCGACGUGGAGAUGCGCCUGCGCUUCCCCUCCCCCGGCUCCUCCGCGCGCCCCCCGCCCGCCCCCGCGGCCCCCGCGCCCUGCGCCGUCUGCGCCUGCCACUAUUGCGUGUCGGGGCAGCCCCCCGCCCCCGCCGCCGCCGCACUCACUCUGCGGAAUCAAUCUACAGACUCGUCGCUGGUGAAGAGCUCCCGGCGCGGGCGCGGCGCGCUGCCCGAACUGGACCCGAGGCGACACCGCUCCGUCAAGGCGGUUGUUGCAGACGCGGCGGGGCUGCUCCCUGCACUGCUGGCUGCCUCCCGCCGCCGACCAGCCCCUCAGAUGUAAUAACGGCCUGUCGGUGUUGGGUUGUGGGAUAGUGCCCGAGCUGCGGCCCUCGCGGCGCCGCCCCUAGCGCGCCCUCGCCACCCGGGCCCGCAGUGCCGGCGCCCACCCGGCCUCCCCGCAGUGCCGGCGCCCACCCGGGCCGCACUGCCGAGGGUGUUAGUGCCUGACCGCAGAAGAUCACUAGAGUCUACUCUAAACAUUCCAAGAAUCCACCUGUCUACCGCACAAAAAUUAAAAACUACUAUUAAGGAAUAAUAAAACAGUGAGCAAUUAUUAAUGUAUUUGAAUGAUAAUAUAAUGACAACUGUUUGAUUGCUAGAACCCAUUUUGUAUAGUUAUUGUUAAUAGUACAAUAAAGUGCCCUUAUAGUCAUCGUCGAAACGUUCAACUAAUGUUUUAGAACAAAAAUUGGUACCGUUUAAAAUGUUGGUAAAAAAAAGUAUUAUAAAGAAUGUUCUAGACACUGGAAACUGUGUAAUCAAGUUUAACCAUUAUUAUGAUAUAAUUAUUUUGUAAACCUACCUACCUGCUUAUUUAUUAUUAAUUAAAUACUGA